AUGGUCCAAUCCUCAGCCAUUGCCAGAAUCGCUGAGCCCAUGGCCUAUACCUCAGUCUUCCCAUAUCUUCCCAGCAUGGUCGCCAGUUUUGGUGUACCUACUAACAAGGUUGGAAGCUGGGUGGGGCUCACAUCCGGUGUCUUCUCCAUCUCCCAGAGCAUCACUGCAGUGGCGUGGGGAAAGGCAUCUGAUACUUAUGGCCGGAAACCUAUGAUCAUCCUGGGUCUUUUGAGUACCAUGAUCUGCUUCAUAGUAUGGGGCAUGUCCACCAGUUUACCCAUGGCUAUUGCAGUCCGAGCUAUCCAGGGCGGCGGAAACGGAAACGUUGGUAUCAUUAGAACAGUGGUUGCCGAGAUGGUGCCAGAAAGAGAACUCCAGCCCAGAGCAUUCUCCAUCAUGCCCAUCGUCUGGAGUCUGGGAUCUAUCAUCGGCCCUGCCUUUGGCGGCUUCUUUGCCGAGCCUGCAGAGCAAUAUCCCAAAAUCUUUGGCCACAUUAAAUUCUUCAAGCGCUUCCCAUAUGCGCUGCCAAACUUGAUCUUGACCAUCUUCUUCCUUCUCUCCGUCACCGUCGCAACCCUGUUUCUUCAUGAAACUCUCCCCAGUAAGAAAGGACAUCGUGAUUGGGGUCUUUUGGUCGGUGAUCGAAUCACCCGAUCCUUCAAGACCGCUCCUCCAUCACCCUCUACCCGUCGACCUUCUUUCGUAGACGGUGAGGCUACGUCGCCUCUGCUUCCCAACAAGAUGGCACCCAAGAAGGCUCAUGAGUCGUCCGAAGGCGACAAGAAGGAGCGUGUUCUUACCCGCCAAACAGCCAUGAACCUUCUCGCCUACACAUUCUUGGCCUUUCACUCAGUUGCUUACGACCAGAUCCUUAGUGUCUUCCUGAGACAUCCCGUCGAGAAGCACACUCCUGAAAACACGGCGUUUCCUUUUUACUUCGCGGGAGGAUUUGGUAUGAGCCAUAGCCAGGUCGGCACUAUUUACACCACUUAUGGCGUUGUUUGCGGCGGUAUUCAAUUCCUUCUAUAUCCUACAAUCGUUGCUCGUUACGGAGUUUUGCGCUGCUUCCGAAUCUGCUGUCUCCUCAUGCCCCUGGCCUACUUCCUCACCCCGUACUGCGUACUCUUCCCUACCCACCAAGCCCGCAUGGCUGCUCUUCUGUUCGUCAUGUUCAUCAAGGCCGCCGGUAUUAUUGUUGCAUUCCCCUCAACCACCAUCCUCCUUACCAACUCCUGUCCCUCUCUUCGUGUACUCGGCACACUCAACGGAUAUGCCACCACUUUCAGCGGCCUGGGCCGUGCAUUUGGCCCAGCUUCCACUGGUGCUCUCUUCAGCUGGGGCGCAGACCACGGCUACGUCGUAACGGCAUGGUUCUUCCUCAUGUUCAUCGCUAUUCUGGGAGCUGUCCCGGCUUACCUUGUCGAGGACGGAGCUGGCCCGUCAGCUUCUGCUGCGGCCUCAGCAGAGAACAGUGACUCUGAGAACGAGGAGGGUUCGUCUUCAUCGGGCACACUCUUACGGCCUGACGGUUCUGCCAUUGCUUCUGACUCGGAAGACGAAGAGAGACCUCUAAAUAAGCCUAGGUCGGGAGAGCAAAGUUACGGAACCAUUAAGGGAAGCCGAACGUAA